CAUAUAAUCAACUAUUUCUACAGCUACAGUCACUGCCAGCCAUAUCAUAGCACUGAAAAAAGAACACAUAUUUUAAGAUUUUUUUCUAAAGUAAAAAGGGAGAUUUUACGACAUUUCUAUUUUAUUAUAUAUCGUGACGUUUUACUACAAGGACAUACAAUGCAUUUUACAUUACAAAAGCGAAAUAAGACGUGGAUGCCAGCUAUCAAUCUGAGCAUCGUGGGAUUGAUGGUUUAUAUUAUGGCCUGCCCUGCGUCCAGUAUGGAUGUGCUGGUCCAUAACCGCAUCAACGUCCUGAACGGCACCAUGGUGAAGAUCCAGUGCAUCUUCACCUCCUGCUACAAGGUGGACGUCAACAAGUUUGCCAUGAACUGGACCUACCAGGAGAACACCAACGAGACUGAGGAGAUGUUCAUGACCUAUAAGAAGGGGAUGAUGCCCAUGCGGACAGACCGGUUCAGUGACCGGGUGCAGUUUGUGGGUAACCUGGAAAAGAACGACUUGUCCAUCACCCUCUCUGAUGUCCAGCUGUCGGACGAGGGAGUCUAUAACUGCUACGUCCGUAACCCCCCUGACCGCAUCCAGGGCCACGGAAUCAUCAACAUGUUUGUCGUCACAGAACUGCCACCCCCGCGGGACUCGACAAUAGCGGUGGCGAUCGGGGCAUCAGUCGGCGGUGCGCUGGCUCUGCUCAUCCUGUCCAUGGUGGUGGUGAAGUGUAUAAGGCGUCACAAGAAACAGGAGCUCAUCUCUGACGAGCAGAAGAUGGAGGAAGAGGGCAAGCUGGAUGCAGAGGGGGGCACCGAGGAGGGAACCAAGAAAGCAUUCCUGCCUGAAGAUGUAUAGCGACCCUUCCUUGAAUCCUUGUCCAGCAUCUGCCUCACCCCACGCCCCCUCCUUCCCUCCCCUUGUCCAGCCAAACAAAAUUGCUGUUGUGUGAAGCCCCAGCCGCCAGCCACGCCACCCACGCCACCCCUGCCUUUGUCUUCAGUCGGCCAUCUUAUCUUCUCUCUGCUUUGACAAGAAGCCACAAAAGGCGGAGGAGGCUAGUGGACGGCAGCCUCCAAACGUCAUCCUCUUUCCCCUUUUUCCUCGCUUCUAGUCUCUCUUAAAAUACAGACGUAGGACAUGUGAAGUGCAAUGCAGGACAUUUAAAAUGUGUACUGUAUUUGAGGUUUAAAAAGGGUUCUGAAGUAAUUUACACUUGGACAUUUGUAAUUUACACUUGGACAUUUUAGACCUGAUUUUCCCUUACGAAAAAUGUAUCAACUCCUAGAGAAAUAUCAAUUCAUUAUGAUCCACAUAAAAAUUAACAUGUCCUGUCGCUGCAGGAUUAUUUUCCUACUGUAGCAAACUGGCACAAAUUAAAACAGCCGUGAUUACUGGGAAAGAUCCCGCUCUCUCCAUCUCUCUCUCUCUCUCGCUCUCUCCCUCCUUCUCUCUCUCUCUCUCUCUACCUCUCUCCCUCUCUCUCUCCCUCUCUCUUGCUCUCUUGC